AUGACAUUUGAUCCUAGCCAACUUAUUAAUCGCAAAUCAUCCAGUCCGUCAGUGGUGUCUAAUGCUAAUGGAACGACGAUUGGUUAUGGUACUCAGCGGGGCAAACUCUAUUACUUGGAUUGGGCACCGGAUAGUGAGAUCAAGGGUGGUCAAGCUUUCACAACUAGUGGAACUCAUCCUGAGGGGGAGAGAGAUAAAAUUUGGUUAUGGCAUAAACGUCUUGGGCAUGCCUCGUUUGGUUAUCUUAAGAAGUUGUUUCCAUCACUAUUUUCCACUCUUGAUGUUUCCAGCUUCCAGUGUGAUACGUGUGAAUUGGCUAAGAGCCAUCGUGUCUCGUUCCCAUUAAGUUCAAAUAAGAGUUUGGUUCCGUUUUCUCUUAUUCAUUCUGAUGUUUGGGGACCUGCUCAAAUUGCUACUCCGGCAGGGGCACGAUGGUUUGUCAUGUUUAUAGAUGAUUGCACACGCAUGACUUGGGUUUCCCUUCUCAAAACUAAAGGGGAAGUCAGUUCCAGGUUUCAACAGUUUUAUCAAAUGGUGGAGACUCAGUUUCAUGCCAGAAUUCUGGCUCUUCGUUCUAACAAUGGCGGAGAAUUUCUCAACCAUGAUCUUAACCAGUUCUUACAAGAUCACGGCAUCAUACAUCAACACUCAUGCCCUUACACUCCUCAACAGAAUGGUGUGGCUGAAAGAAAGAACAGACACUUAUUGGAAGUCGUUCGUGCCUCUCUCUUUGGUGCCAAUAUGCCACGAUCUUUUUGGGGCGAAGCCGUCGUCUCUGCAACAUACCUUAUCAAUCGGAUUCCCUCUAGUAUCCUAAAUUUCCAAACACCACUUCAAACACUUCACCACCAUAUCCAAAUACCUCCCACCCCAAACCUAGAACCCCGGAUUUUCGGCUGUGUUGUAUUUGUCCACUUACAUGAUCAUCAACGAAGCAAAUUGGAUCCCCGAGCCGAAAAUUGUGUUUUCAUUGGGUAUGCACUACAUCAGAAAGGAUACCGGUGUUAUCAUCCUCCUAGUCAGAAAGUCUAUACUUCUAUGGAUCCUGAUCUGUCGUCUCCUCGAUGUCCAACUGAGGAGGAGGAAAUUGAUGAGAUUUUGCCCACUCCGGAGACUUCUUCAGCUCCAGUACCACACCAAUCACUUGCUGAGGAUGUUAUUCAGCUUCCAGAAAGGAAGAACCGUGGCAAACCUCGAGUACAAUAUGAAGCAGAUCUUAAAGCCAAAGGGAAAUACCCUAUCAAUAAUUAUAUAUCUCUCAACAGAUUAUCAGAGCCACGUGUGCACUAUGUGAAACAGUUGGCUGACAUAUCUAUCCCCAACAAUGUAACUGAAACACUAGAAGACCCCAAAUGGAAAGAAGCUAUGAAUGAAGAAAUGCGAGCUCUCCAAAAGAAUGUCACAUGGGAACUCGUGCCCUUACCUCAUGAAAAGAAGACAGUAGGAUGCAGGUGGAUUUAUACUAUGAAACUCAAAGUAGAUGGAUUCGUUGAAAGAUAUAAAGCUAGAUUGGUGGUGAAGGGGUACACACAGAGAUAUGGGAUAGACUACGAGGAGACCUUUGCCUUAGUAGCCAAGAUUAACACUAUUAGAGUCCUAUUGUCUCUAGCAGCAAAUCUCGAUUGGCCACUACAUCAGUUUGAUGUCAAAAAUGCAUUCUUACAUGGAGACUUGGAAGAAGAAGUAUAUAUGGACUUACCACCAGGAUGUAACAUAGCUCGUGACAAGGAGAGUCAUGUUUGCAAGCUCAGAAAGUCAUUAUAUGGGUUAAACCAAUCCCCUAGGGCAUGGUUUGGCGGAUUCACUAAAUCCAUGAAGAGUUUUAGAUAUAUACAGAGUAAUGCAGAUCACACUUUGUUCUUGAAGCAUGAUGGAAGAAGACUUACUGCAUUGAUUGUUUAUGUGGAUGAUAUAGUUGUAACUAGAAACGACACAGGAGAGCAACUGAAACUGCAGAAGAAGUAUGUAUUAGAUCUGCUCACUGAAAUAGGAAUGCUUGGAUGCAAACCUGCUGAAACACCCAUCGAGAUGAAUCACAAGUUAUGUGAAGACAUGGAUCAAGAACCAACCAAUAAGGAACAGUACCAAUGCCUUGUUGGAAGGUUGAUAUAUUUAGCCCACACAAGACCAGAUAUUGCAUAUUAUGUGAGUGUGGUUAGUCAGUUUAUACAUUCACCCAGUGUGUCCCAUAGGAGUGCAAUUGAUUGGAUCUUAAGAUACUUAAGGUCAACACCUAGAAAAGGAUUAAUGUUCUCAAAAAAUAAAGAUCUCGAAGUUGUUGGAUAUACAGAUGCUGAUUGGGCUAGCUCUAUUACUAAUAGACGCUCUACUUCAGGUUACUUCACUUUUGUGGAAGGUAACCUAGUCACUUGGCGAAGUAAGAAACAAAAUGUGGUUUCUCGGUCUAGUGCUAAAGCAGAGUAUCAAGGAAUGGCUCACGGAGUUUGUGAAUUACUAUGGAUCAGAAGACUAUUGACAUAA